GCGUGUGUGCGUGUGUGUAUAUGUGUGUGCGUGUGUGUGUGUGUGUUUUUUCCCCAAACAUAAGUUUGAUUCAAUGCAUCAUCUCCAGGCCAGAUGGUCACCAGAACAACCUACGAUCUGCGGCCUAUGAGGCUCUGAUGGAGAUCGUAAAGAACAGUGCCAAGGACUGCUACCCUGCUGUACAGAAAACCACGCUGGUCAUCAUGGAGCGGCUGCAGCAGGUUCUGCAGAUGGAGUCUCACAUUCAGAGCACCUCAGACAGAAUCCAGUUCAACGACCUGCAGUCGCUGCUGUGUGCUACACUUCAGAACGUUCUGCGAAAAGUUCAACACCAGGAUGCCUUACAGAUUUCAGAUGUUGUGAUGGCCUCAUUGCUUAGAAUGUUUCAAAGCACAGCUGGAUCUGGUGGCGUGCAGGAGGACGCACUGAUGGCAGUCUCAACACUGGUUGAAGUUUUGGGUGGUGAUUUCCAGAAGUACAUGGAGGCCUUCAAACCAUUCCUGGCUAUUGGACUGAAGAACUACGCAGAGUAUCAGGUGUGUCUUGCGGCUGUGGGUCUGGUGUGUGAUCUGUCCAGAGCGCUGAUGUCCAACAUCCUGCCUUACUGUGACGAGAUCAUGCAGUUACUGCUGGAGAACCUUGGGAAUGAGAAUGUCCAUCGGUCAGUGAAGCCUCAGAUUCUGUCUGCUUUUGGUGACAUCGCUCUGGCCAUCGGAGGAGAGUUUAAGAAGUACCUGGACAUCGUCUUGGACACGCUGCAGCAGGCCUCCCAGGCCCAGGUUGACAAGACGGACUAUGACAUGGUGGACUACUUGAAUGAACUGAGGGAGGGCUGUCUGGAGGCCUACACCGGGAUUAUCCAGGGCCUGAAGGGGGACCAGGAGAAUGUGCACCCUGAUGUGAUGCUGGUUCAGCCACGGGUGGAGUUCAUUUUGUCCUUCAUUCAUCACAUAGCAGAGGAUGAAGACCAUUCGGACGGCGUGGUGGCCAAUGCCACUGGCCUAAUCGGUGACCUUUGCACAGCGUUCGGUAAAGAUGUCAUGAAGCUGGUGGAGGUUCGUCCUCUCAUCAACGACCUGCUGACAGAAGGGCGACGGUCAAAGACCACAAAAACCAAGACGCUGGCGACCUGGGCUACCAAGGAGCUCCGCAAGCUGAAGAGUCAGGCCUGAUUGUUGGUGGGACAGGGUGAGCAGGAGAUCGACAUCAGUGAAGAAUGAGGAAAAUUUGCCCCACUGGAAUGAAACCUUCUGUCUUUGGCGAGUGUUUGUUAGAAGCAGAAGUGGAGUGUGUCUGUGUGUGAGCGAGCGAGCGAGAGAGCACGAGCGAGAGACGUGUGAGUGAGCCAGACGUGAUGACAUCACACCACCUUGUGAGUACAAUUCCAGCUGUUGCUGACAGACGAGCAGCGACUCCACCUCUUCUCCCUCCCCUUGACUUUUGACCUGUACCUGACAGCCUGUGGACUGGACUGUGUCUGGAUUGGGAUUCUGAACCUCCCCCUGAAACCACAAACGCUGAUGAUCCUGAGUACCCACAAUCCACCUCUGUCCUGGCUGUAGCUCUGUUAGCAGUCUGCCGGGAGGGAGGAGUCGCACUAAAAACCAACAAACUUAAAAAGCCAUGAAGAAGACUCCCGAGGACGUGUGGAUCUGUGGAAUAUUAACCCUUUUUGUUUUUGUUGCUCUUACUUUUCUUCUCAGCUCUUCUUCCACGUAGCCUGUGGUCACAAACGCUGAAACACCAACGCAGCAAAGAGUCGCUCUGAAGCCGCCCUGCGGCUGGCGUCCGGCUCGGGUACAGAUGGACAAGCUGGCCGUGGCUGCUCGACCACAAACUGAAAUCUUCAAUCUGGAUUGUUGAAGGAUUUUGUUUAUCCCUACUCACGAGGCACAUCAUCCAAAAUUCAAAGAACACAGUACUGAAAUUUUUCUCCAGAUUUCCCACCAAUGGGUAAGAACCACCUCCCUGGGCAGGCAGGGGAGGGGCUUACUGCCAAACAGACUAGUGGUCGAGUGGCUGAGUUUGUUUUUGCCGCUGCACUGGGUUUUGGGAAUGGGUUGUUCAGCUGUUUAGCUUGUUGAGAAUCGAAAAUGUAAAAGGUUCUAUUUUUCCAUUUGGAUGAACACAAAGGAAAAUAAAAUGCUGAAACUUCCCUGCCCAUUUCUGGUGAUUUCUCUCAAACUGUUGAAGAAUCGGUUCUCGUUCUGCUCUGUUGGACUCCUGGACUGUUGGAUGUUGGACUGGAUAUCGAUGUGAAUUCUUUGUCAUACACAGUCUGUUCUUACUUUAACCUGUUAGCGGCUCAGCGGUUCAGUUUAUAUAUGAUGUUUAAAAAAUAAAUAACUUGGUGGGGUGCGAAACUGGUUGGAGCGCCUCGAGUCAGUCUCCAGGUUCAGAGACUCUUCACGGUUUGUGGAAAACAUCUGUUCUUUGGUGAGCUACAUCAAUACCUGGACGACUUUUUUUUCCGCUGUGGCAGGUGACCUUGGGGGAUUAUGGGAAAUUACAUAACUUUGUUGAAAUGAACCAGGCAUCUUGAUUAUCUCUGAAUUGUGAAACAUGGAAAGAAAAUAUGCUUUUUAUUUCAACUUUAGUCAACUAAUAAAGUCUAUAUUGUACUGAA